AUGCGUUUCAGAGCCACCAUAGAGAAUGUCCCAAUAUUCUAUCGUCUCAUACAAGCAGUGGAAAAACUGCAAAAAAAAUGUAUCAUCAAGUUCACCGAGAACGAGAUGCAUGUCAUCUGCAACGAUGAUGCAAACGAGGGUGGCAUUCAAGUAUGGUCCGUCGUGAAAGUCGAGUCCAUGUUCACAUCAUACAGAAUCCAAUCCAAUGCAAACAAUGAAAUAACCGUGACCCUGUCUGCAGAAGCCCUCCUGUCAGCUCUUCGAUCUUCAUCUUCGUCAGCAUCAUCAUCCUCUGUGGCAGCUUCCCUCAUACCGACAUACGACGCUGACGAAGUCGUCAUGAAACUUGCAAAGAAAAACGACCAGGCCGUCUUGAGUUUCGAGAUGUUCGGAAUGUCCAGGUCAGGACGUAAAGUCCGCGUCGCACAUGAUGUACGCAUAGACGUCAUGCGGCCAGCAGAAGGUGACAAACUACACGAACCACGGUGCCCAGACCCAAAUGUUCAUAUCUUGCUCCCCCCUCUACAAAAAUUGCGCACAAUCGUAGAGAGGAUACGUCCACUCUCAGACGUACUUGCGCUACGUGCGAACAACAGCGGCACCCUUCAACUGUCCAUCAGCACCGACACCGUGAAGCUCGAGACACAAUGGGUUAAAUGCGCCAAUCCGUCAAUGACCAAAGAAGGGCUAGUUCAGAUCGAUGACGAUGCGGAGGACAAUUCGCUGGAUAAACCCGACCCUGAUAAAAUGUUUUGCGUGCUCGUGUCCAUCCGCAGCUUCCUCAAAUUUUUGAAUAGCCAUGUUGUAUCCACGACCACCAUCGCAUGCACGUCUCCUCCUGCGCAGAACCGUUUAUGUCACAAUCACUGUGCUAUAUUGUACGUCUACAUCGGCGAGAUAGCUGACGCAGGAGGCGUCCUCACGUACUACAUUCCGACUGUCAUCGAUGGCGAUGAAUAA